AUGGCGGAGGAGUUGGCGCCAUUGGACGAGACGCUAUCCCCCACAGACGACGGAUUUCAUUCGCACGCGUUAGGCGGCUCGGUAUUCAGCGGCUCGGAUGCGGAAGCGCCAGAGUUGGGAUCGUUGAAUGUGUCGCGCGGACGAGCCGCGGAGCGAUCGUCGCGGGGAGGCGGCGCGGGAGGGGUGAAGCGGUUUGGACGGGGCGGGAUGGUGAUGGCUGUGGUCAUGCGCUUACUGGCCAUAAACAAGCGGAUAUUAAUCCCCGUGGCGCUCGCGUCGCUAGCUUCGAUGCUGAUGGGAUAUGACAUAGGCGUGACCAGUGGUGCCGUGCUGAUAGUGCAGCGAACCUACCACCUCAGCAUUGCGGAUAAGGAGCUUUUCAUCGGUUCCUUAAGCUUCGCAGCAGCCCUCUCAGCCCUCCUCUCCGGCCCUCUCGCCGACUCCUACGGCCGCCGCCCCCUCCUCCUCCUCUCCUCCCUCCUCUCCUCCCUAGGCUUCCUCUCUAUGGCCCUCUCUCACACCUUCCCCACCCUCCUCCUCACCCGCAUUCUCACCGGUUUCGGUGUUGGAAUCGGGUUGACUGUCGGCCCUCUCUAUUGUGUUGAGCUGGCCCCAGCUGAUUCCCGCGGCUCUCUUUCUGCUCUCAGCGAGCUGAUCUCUUCCCUCGGGCUACUCUUCGGGGUGAGAGAGGCUGCUGAGGUGUUGCUGGUGCUGGAGGAAGGGAGGGAGGUUGAGACGGCUGCGCUGCUUGAGGAUAUGACUGCUGCUGCUGCUGCUGCCGCCGCUGCUGCUGCUGCUGCUGCUGGUGCUGCUGGUGCUGGUGCUGGUGGUGGGGGUGAUGAUGCAGAAGCAGCAGCGUUGCUUGGAGGACACGUGGAGGCAGGAGCAGCAGCAGGAGGAGGAGGAGGGGGGGGAGGAGUGGGAGGAGCAGGUGGGGCUGGGGCUGGAGGGAUGGCAGGCCUUCACUCCCUCACACCCACCGCCCCUGCAGGCGCACAGUUCUGGAAAGGACCACCCGGGGGAGGCUUAUCUGGGGGCGGUUUAUCUGGGGGUGGUGGAGGGGUGGGUUUGCGGAAGGGGGGAAUGUUGGGCGGAGGGAAGGGGAGGGGGGUGGGCGUGGGGGUGUGGAAGGAGCUGCUUCGGCCAAAUGAGGCAGUGAAGCAGAUGCUCAUGCUGGCUGUGGGGGCUGCUUUCUACCAGCAGGCAGUGAAGCAGAUGCUCAUGCUGGCUGUGGGGGCUGCAUUCUACCAGCAGGUAAGAUGCUCUCUCCACGCCCGCACCCACCCUCUCCCCCCCCCUCCGCUUCCUCAUCUGCUGCUGCGGCCGAAUGAGGCAGUGAAGCAGAUGCUCAUGCUGGCUGUGGGGGCUGCAUUCUACCAGCAGGUAAGAUGCUCUCUCCACGCCCGCACCCACCCUCUCCCCCCCCCUCCGCUUCCUCAUCUGCUGCUGCGGCCGAAUGAGGCAGUGAAGCAGAUGCUCAUGCUGGCUGUUGGUGCUGCCUUCUCUCUCGCCCUCUACUUAUCACUCCUCUUCCCUCUCUUACGCCUCUUCCCUCUCUUACGCCUCUUCCCUCUCUUACGCCUCUUCCCUCUCUUACGCCUCUUCCCUCUCUUACGCCUCUUCCCUCUCUUACGCCUCUUCCCUCUCUUACGCCUCUUCCCUCUCUUACGCCUCUUCCCUCUCUUACGCCUCUUCCCUCUCUUACGCCUCUUCCCUCUCUUACGCCUCUUCCCUCUCUUACGCCUCUUCCCUCUCUUACGCCUCUUCCCUCUCUUACGCCUCUUCCCUCUCUUACGCCUCUUCCCUCUCUUACGCCUCUUCCCUCUCUUACGCCUCUUCCCUCUCUUACGCCUCUUCUUUCCCACCACAACCACCAGGCCACAGGCGUCCCAACAAUGCUCUACUAUACCCCCGAGCUCUUGGCAUUGCAUCCAUGGGCCUCACCUCCUCUGCAGCCAUCCUCUCUGCGAGCCUUGCUCUCCCAAGAAAACAUCCUUCUCUUUCCCCUUUCCAUACACCCACCACCAGGCCACAGGCGUCCCAACAAUGCUCUACUAUGCUCCCGAGCUAUGUUUUGAGACGUCUCAAACCACAGGCGUCCCAACAAUGCUCUACUAUACUCCCGAGCUAUUCGCCAUCAUGGGAUUAACUUCCUCUGCUGCCAUCCUCUCUGCCUCUCAUCCCCACACUUACAUUCACCAGGCCACAGGCGUCCCCACGAUGCUCUACUACACCCCCGAGCUAUUCGCCACCAUGGGUCUCACCUCCUCUGCCGCCAUCCCCUCUGCCAGCCUUGCGGUGGCCCUCGCCCGCACGCUCGCCUCACUCGUCCCCGUCUCUCUUUUGGACGAGAUUGGCCGGAGAACGCUGCUUCUUAUCAGCACUGCAGGUGAGCAACUGUGGUCAGGUGCGAGUCAGGUUCACAGCACGGCUCUCUCUUCCCGCUUCUCUGCUCUCUGCUGCCAUCCUCUCUGCUGCCAUCCUCUCUGCUGCCAUCCUCUCUGCUGCCAUCCUCUCUGCUGCCAUCCCCUCUGCCAGCCUUGCAGUGGCCAUCGCCCGCACGCUCACCUCACUCGUCCCCGUCUCUCGUUUGGACGAGAUUGGGAGAAGGACACUACUGCUCAUCAGCACGGCAGGUGA